CCGUCACCGCGAUCCCACCCCGUGUGACCGCCGAUCUGCUGCCGAUGCCGCAGAAGAAGCGCCCCCGCCGUAGGAGGUCUCCUCGCGAAGGAUCCUCCCGCCGGCGCCGUGGUGAAGAUGGCGCAUGGUUGUCUGGAUCCCUUGUCGAAUCGGAUGGCAGCAGCAGCAGCACGUCCGGCGCACCGUUGCCGGAAUCCCUCGACGAGCCGUCGGAGUCGGACACCCGGUCGUCUCGCAAGUACGAGUCGAGGUACCAUGAGAUGCUCGCCUCGCGCCUCGCCGUACUGCCUCUACCAGCCUACGCCGACGACGAAGGCCCAGAUCUCCCUUCUGCUGAAACUUUCGAAGCCCUCGUUCGUCCUUAUUUCUAUGAUGACGAGCUGCGGGCUGCUCUGGUAGAGUACCAAGUCCACAAGUUCUUGAGCCGACCAGAGGAUGUCCAUGGACGAGAUGGAGAUUCAGGAGAAGUUGAUUCGUCCUCCUCACUGAUGGAUGAUAUCCCCGAGGAGGAAUUCGAGGUAGACGAUGCACGGCUCAGGUCUCACAUAGUACAUGAAGUUGACACCGAGGAUAGAUUGGAUGAAGAGGAGGCGAACAGGCUCUGUCACAAGUAUGCACGAUACCGCCUCAAAGCUUGCAUGUUGCUCAAAGGAGUGCCUAUUGACGAUGCUGCAUUCGACUCCCAGUACCCUCCAGACCUUCCCUUGGACAACCACCGUCUUUACCAUGAAGAUGAAGCCUUGGGCUGGUGGUUUGACUUGGGCACCUCUUCACCCGCGACCUUGAGCGACUAUCAGCGGCUAGUCCCUUGUAAUGAAGGGGGCGUUGAGUUUGAAAGUUGGAGUAAAUACCGAGAGUUUUAUAGCACCCCUGAAACUGAUAGAGAUUAUCUGCUGUACUGGGAAACGAUUGUGAAGGAUCUUAAGUGGAUUGAAGAACAUGUGCUUAAAGGCUAUAUGGAGGUACACACCUAUACGGCCUCUCAAAACAAUGUAAUGACAACUAGUCUCUAUAUGCGCAUAGUAGCAUCACAAUAACUUGUCUGUUCUACU